UGAUCGUUGUCAUUAGCAACUGGUUCAGAGGCUUUCCGUAAAAUUAACCAUUAUAUUAAAAUGUUUAAAAACACAUUUCAAAGCGGUUUUCUAUCAAUACUAUAUAGUGUUGGUAGUAAACCUUUACAGAUAUGGGACAAAAACGUAAUGAAUGGACAUAUAAAAAGAAUAACAGAUAAUGAUAUACAAUCACUUGUAUUGGAGCUGAUGGGAACUAACGUCAGCACUACAUUUAUCACUUGUCCAGCUGAACCUAAGCGAAGUUUGGGUAUAAAGCUACCAUUCCUUGUGAUGAUCAUUAAAAAUCUAAAGAAGUAUUUUACUUUUGAAGUUUUGAUAUUAGAUGAUAAGAAAAUUAGGCGCAGAUUUCGAGCUAGCAAUUAUCAGAGUACCACUCGUGUAAAACCCUUUAUUUGUACCAUGCCAAUGCGCUUAGAUGAAGGAUGGAACCAAAUCCAGUUUAACCUGUGCGACUUUACACGACGAGCCUACGGAACUAAUUAUGUCGAGACGCUAAGAGUACAAGUCCUUGGGUAGAUUCCUGGAUGCCUGGUUGUGGAUGCGUAUGGCUGAGGAGUCUCAUACUAGGACAGGACAGCCAUUCAGUGUCUUCCGGAUUUCAUUGGUGAUCUAGCUAAGUUCCGUCCGUGAUAUUAAUAAUGAAAUUUAUAUAAUCUCCACAUACCAACGUAUGCCAAUAAUAUUUAAAUGAUAUAUUCUGGCCAUCAUCAUAUACAUUCAUGCUAACUGUCGCAUACGCAGAGUUUACUUUUGUGACCGGUUAUAUUCAGAAAGCGAGCUACCUCCCGAAUUCAAAUUGUAUCUUCCAGUUCAACAAAAGGUGGCUGCUUCCUAAUCUUGCGACAACUUACUUUAAAAUAUGUUUUAAAUAUUUAGGAAACGACACAACAAGAAACUCACCCAGUGUCCAUGUGAAAUGUAAUUGUAAAGCGAGUUAAAUAAAUAAUAGCUCAG